AUGAGCACUGCCAACGGCCCUGCUCGAAAACGACUCAAGUUGACUUCGGAAAACAGCUCAGCUCAAGCAGCACCUAUUCAGAGACCAGCAGAGAAGCCUGAGAAUGAGAAGGAAACGUCAGCAUCCCACAAAAAAGGCAAAAAGUCAACGUCAACGCGCAGAAGACUGGUGGCACCUCGACCAUUUCCUGUGGUGGCGAAGUCUGUUUCGGCCACUGGCCCUCGCUCAGGUCACCACGAGAAAAAGAAUUACAUCUCUAUAACGCGUAAAACUUCGUUAAGUACAUAUAUGCGACGGUGUAAAGACCUUGUUCUGAAGAAUGGCUACAAGACGUUGUAUCUGAGUGCCAUGGGUGCCGCUAUUCCACAUCUAUUGCGACUGACAUCCGCACUCCCUCCAAUAUUACCUUAUGCGAGCAACGAGAUUCAAGCAGAAGUAACAACGUCGACCACUCAAGUUAUGGACGAAAUCAUUCCGGAUGACGAGGACGAGGAUAUUGAAUUUGAUAAGAGGAGCAAAUCGACACUUAUGGCUACAAUCAAGAUCCGUGGAGGCGACCAGUGCCACCCGCCACCGGACUCCACAAAGUCGAAGAAAAGAAAAAGAGGCACAGGUGGUAGUAUGGCAAAGUGUCAAGAUGCAGAAAGCGGCUCCGUUGCAAUGAUUGUGCUGGAGGAGCCUGAACAAGUGGAUAUGGAGAUGGUUUGA